GCCCAGCGCUCUGUCGGAGAUAGGGAGCAGAUCUGCCAAUCCCGCGUCCUUAUAAUACUUCCUGUGGUUCAGCAACUCCAUCCCCAGAUGGAAAAGUGGAAUGAACAAUCGCAAAUGCAAUACCUUCUUACUAACAAUUUCCUGAAGUCGCCCACUGCGCGGAUCUUCUACUGAAAUAAGAAUAGAAUACAUUUAAAAGGGAACUUGUUUUUUAUGCAAUCCUCUUUCUAAACACGGAUUAAAUCUGGAUUCGCGAUGUAUUUGUGAUAUAAAGAAUGCACCAAUUGGCAUUUACUAUUCAACAUUAUAACGAAACUACGUAACCUCCCGGAGUCCAGAAGUUCGUACGUCGCUGUGGAUUAGCUUGGACUGGAUGUAUUGGAUAUGUUUUGGAAAAAUGAAGAACUUGCUCCUCUACGAGAGGGACGUAAACCGUUCCCGAAAAGACUUUCUGUAAAACAGUCUAACUCGAAUGGACAAUACAUAAGGUCGAAUAUGGAAAAAGAGGACACUGGCUCCUCGCCGAGUUCACCGUCAACACCAUCCAUAUGGUCGCCUGCGUCAUCCACCUCAUCAGUGCUGUCCACUGGAAAGAACACGUGUGCGAAUUGUGGGCUGGAGAUCCUGGACAGAUACCUGCUUCAGGUGAACAAUUUGAUCUGGCACGUGAGGUGUCUGGAGUGUUCGGUCUGCAGGACGUCGCUACGUCAGCACAACACCUGCUACGUCAAAAACAGAGAGAUUUACUGUAAAAUGGAUUAUUACAGUAGGUUCGGUACAAGGUGUGCCCGUUGCAGACGCCACAUCCACGCGAGCGACUGGGUGCGGAGGGCCAGGGGACACGCCUACCACCUGGCGUGCUUCGCCUGCUUCUCCUGCAAGCGGCAACUCUCCACGGGGGAGGAGUUCGGCCUGGUGGAGGACAAGGUGCUGUGCAGGAGCCAUUACGCGGCCACACUGGAGACCUUGCAGUGUGCAACUGGAAACGGCAACGGGAUCGUUUUGGACGGGGCAGAACCUUCAGAGCUGGUCUGUCAGCCCAAGCCAGCCAAAAGAGCACGCACCUCCUUCACAGCGGACCAACUGCAGGUGAUGCAGGCGCAGUUCGCCCAGGACAACAACCCGGAUGCACAGACCCUGCAGAAGCUGGCGGAGCUGACCGGGCUGAGCAGAAGGGUCAUCCAGGUCUGGUUUCAAAACUGCAGGGCGAGGCACAAAAAGCACUCCCCCCAGUUCAACAGGCCCUCGCAGCCCAGCCCACAGGUCCGUUUGGUGCCGUGUCUGCCCGAGGAUUUCCAUUACUUACCGUUUGGCAGCCCUGAGAGAGCACGUAUGCUGGCUCUGCACGGAUACAUCGAAAGUCAACCCUUCUCUGUGCUGACUGCUCCGCCCCGCCCCCGUCAGGUCCUCACCCUGCCCCAGCUGCCAAUCAGCCGUUAGCUGCCUCAAGAGAAGGACUCUCCUCUGUAUUGACAGUGACUGAGCUGAGCUCUUUGGAGUUUUGUUUCAACUGGGAACUUUUCAGAUAAAGAAGGGCUUUCCAGAUGGAGAAGAACUUUCCAAAAGGAGUGGACCUUCCCUGCCUGUACUCAAAUGGUCUCCCCAUUUAUUGAGCUUACAGUCCAGGAUUCUCAUAUCACAGCCUUAUUCUAAGAGCUCCUCAGUAGACACAAGACCAAUGUGUCCCUUCCACACCCUGUACUGUACCUCCUCCAUCUCUGCAGUUUCACAUGCAAGCCAUAGCAAGGUGGUGAGAUGCCUGUUCUUAGUGGGAAACCACCAGGGUUUAGGCUGCUGGUUAUACAAAAGGGAGCCAAUCACAUGGAUAUCUGCUGAUGACAGACUGCUUCAUGGCAUUCCUCAGGAGUUGCAUUUGUCCAUAAUUAAUGUUUAUGUUGUCCAUUAUUCAUAAUAUCCAUAUUCCGCAGGGAAAACACAAUUGUAUUGCAUGUGAGUAGAGACAUAUAAUAUUCUACUUGGAAUUCAUACUUAACCCAAAUAACCUUGUCUACAGUCCAUAGGAAAAAAAGACUCAAUCUUUUAUUUCCUUACAUGUUUGGCAUUUCUUAAUAAUUUUAACUGACAACUUGUUUCGGAAUUCCUAAAUAUUCUAAUUUAUUUAUUCAAUUUGAUCACUUAAGGACUAAUGGAUUAGUGCAGAUAUGAACUUCUUACCAUUUUGAAGCAUUUUGACUCAUACCAUAUAUCAUCUGUCUCUGACUCAGAAAUCUGGUUUUUUAUGUAUCAAACUAAUCUCGGUAACACUUUGCCUCGUCCCAUUCUGAACGCCAAAACCACUGCGCAGUCAAAGAAGAGCGGCAAUUCUUUAAAUGACCUCUCGAAGCGGAAGGUGGAUGAUACUUCAGCUGUGAACUGCUCCAGCACUGAUGGAGAGGCGAUCGCGACUAUCGGUAAUAGCAUAAAAUAAGGCAGCAGGGCUUCUCUGCUGGAUGGGAGAGCGGACCCACAACACACACGAACGGCACACUGUCAACCAGCGGUCCGCUGGACUGAAGGCAAGGCUUCGCGGGUCCUUUAUUGGAGGAAAAAAUACGUGAGCGGCUUCAUCAUAAUCAACCCAUUUACUGUCAUUGUCACCAUAUUUUCUGUACAACACUAAAUUAAACCAAACAAAACAUUAUUUCAUGUAAAUGAUUCAUUGUGGAAUUCCAGUCUAUUUCCAUAUUCCAUUUUGCAAACGAAGUAAGCAAAAUUAGCGAGUACUGUAUACACUGAACACAUGCCUCCUUGCGGAAGUAUACACGAGUAGGCUAGAGUUUCAUGCGUGCUUUUGUGAGUAGUGUCCCUCGAAGCCCAUGUGGCUUCACCACCACUCCCCAGCAAAUUAGGCCGCACUAGGAUUGAUCGGUUUGUUUGAGAGAGACAGCA